AUGAAUUCCGAGAGGAGGAGCACUCACAGUUACAAGUUUGUGGAGCCCCAACUGAUUGUUUUGAGAGGACUGGGGGCACGUCUAGUUCUUGGAAGCCGAGAUGAUUUCAAGACUUCUUAUGGCAACCUCUUGGGAAUCUUGAACACUGAAGUCAAUACCACUGUUGUGCACACUCUGGUGCAAUUCUACGAUCCUCCUUUGAGAUGCUUUACAUUCCAGGAUUACCAGCUGGUACCCAUGUUGGAAGAGUAUUCACACAUCCUAAGUAUUGGGAUCAAGAACCGAGUGCCUUAUAUACGCACUAAGGAGCUCCCCAAAUACCAAAUCCUUACUGAAGCCCUCUACAUAGGGAAGAAGGAAGUGGAGUUGAACUUGAAACAUAAGGGUGGAAUUCAUGGCCUCACCUCAAAUUCUCUCGUAGAUAAAGCUACUGCUUUUGCCGAAGCUGAGAGUUGGAUGACCUUCAACGCCAUUCUAGCUCUACUAAUAUAUGGGAUCGUACUGUUUCUGAACAUGGAAGAAUUCAUGGAUCUGGCUGCUAUUCACAUCUUUCUAACUCAGAACCCUGUUCCCACUCUUCUUGUUGAUACUUACUACUCCAUCCACGUGAGGACCCAGAAGAAGAAGGGAACCAUCGUCUGUUGUAUCCAUUUGCUGUAUAGAUGGUUUAUUUCGCAUCUACCCAACAAAGUUCCUUUCAUUGAAAACAAAGACAAUUCGAAAUGGUCCCAGCGGAUCAUGUCCUGGAACGUCGAAGACAUCUCCUAG